AUGCUUGAUGUCUCCUCUCGAGAGAAUACAAAUACCAAUGAUGAAUUGACUGAGUAUCUUGGGACAAGCCAAAAGAAAAUCGCUCCGCUAACCUUCUGGAAAGAGCACGAGCGUGAAUUUCCAACACUGGCAAGGGUUGCACGGGAUAUUUUCUCUAUUCCUGCAACUGGUGCAGGCGUCGAGCGUGUAUUCAACUCGGCUCGAGAUGUCUGUCAUUAUCGUCGGGGAUCACUGAAUGCCGCAACAAUCCAAGAUAUUAUGAUAUUCCGAUGCUUCGACAAGCAGGAUAAAGAAGACGAUACUUUAGAAGACGUAGCUCUCACCUCUGAAGAAAGGCAAGAGGCAGACGAGCGUCAAGAAGCUGACCUUCCUCAACAAAUUCCUGAUCCGAUUAGUGAUGACGAAGAGGAUGAAUCACUAUCGUUUCCGGAUGAGCCUUCUGUUGAGUUACAGACACGACCCUUAACUCAACGGGCACUGGGAAAGAGACGACAGUGUACUCCCGAGCAGGGCCAGGAGGGUGGUGAUGAGGCGGAAUUUGAUGACGAUGCUCAGCCUCUGCCUAGAAGUAGUACUCAGACACGAGUAUCUAGUAGGCAGAAGCGUCCAAGACGAGAGGAUGAGGACUUUACGUAUUAUAUGUGA